GGCACAGCGUGCAGGAAGCGGACUGUUUCCCUCUGGAGAGCUUGGCCAUGGGCUGCCUGCCACCGUGGACUGAGGACCUGGUUUGGGCUGGUCCUCACUGCUGGAGAGGGCCUUGCUCUGCCGAGUUAACCUGUGCAGACUGACCCUUCCUCGCUCAUGCACUGGACCUGCGUGGAUUUAUUCCAUACACUACUAUGCUUUUUGGCCCUUUUUAAAUCACUUCUAGAUGGACAGAGGAAGUGUGUGGAGGGGACCUCUAUGGGGGCGUGGGAUGGAGGGGCGUUGACAAGCCACCCAUGGCCCUGGGGUCACACCUGCAGUUUCUGCAGUGUCCCAGUAGUCCCCUGGGAAGCCUUGGGAUGGAGAACUGGGCGGACAGGGCAGCAGUGACAUGCCCUCCCCUUUAGCAUUGUGGUUCCUGUGAGUUGGUGGACCGGCUGAUUCAGGGUUGAGGGGUGCUCGUCACCCUGAUCUGUAGCCUCUUACUGACCUGUAAAUAUGACUGUAGGCUCACGGGGGCCUGAGAAAGGGAGGCACAGGGAAGGGUUUGGGGUUUCUGCCCCCUCCCAGCCCCUGGGAGGAGGUGCUACCUGUGUGGGUGUGGCCAGGAAGAGCCCUAGGUUUGCCUGGCUGGAUCUGCCAAGUGGUCAUGCAAAGCCCGAGGCAGGCACAGCCAGCCUGUUGAAGGGGCCAUGGCCAGUCCAUGCUGGCGGAACGCUUUUGUCUGAACAGGGCACUGUGCAAGGGGGGCUGGGAGCCCAGGGCUUCAGGGAUCCGCCCCUUGUGUUCCUCCCCUCCACUGCCGCCAGUCGGCCAGCCCCCUGAGGCUCUGCACAGCUGGCGGCCUCUAGCUCACAUCUGGGCAGCUGCCGCAGAGGAUGAACGGCUCGCAGGUGGGCAAUGUGGCCCCGGCCUCCUGGCUGACCUGCUGCAACCAGUCGGGGGCGCCACCUCCGGAGCUCCCCGAGGGACCUCGCACGCUGCAGGUGGUGGUGCUGGGCGUGCUGUCACUGCUGGUGCUCUGCGGGGUCCUGUUCCUGGGUGGCAGCCUCCUCCUGCGUGCGCAGGGCCUUGCUGCACUGCUGGCCCAGGAGCAGCGUGCCUCCCGUGAGUCCCAGCCCAGCGACACCAGCGUGGGCGACGAUUCCUCCUAGGUGCCUGGCUGCGCUGCCCUGGGCGGUGGCAGCUUCCAGGCAGCCAGGAGCCAGGGCCCUGCACCGAUGGCCUUGGCAGAGAAGGGAGAUUCGUGGCCUGAGCAAACACAGGUUCUGAGCCCUGUGUGGUCUGCCGCCGGACAUCGCACACUUUGCUCCAUGUAUGCUGCAGCCAACA